AUACUAUGAGUAGUAAUUCCAAAAUACAAAUUAAAAGUUGUUUUUAAGUACUAUGCUUUAUGAAAUUAAAUAAUCUACAAGUUGAUUGUCAUUACAGUAAAUAAAUUCCACGAAAUCUUCGUACGCAGAAAAAAAAUGACGCAAAGUUCAUUACCGAAUCCAAACACGUUACUGCCUCUGGAACUUGUUGACAAAUGCAUUGGUUCCCGCAUUCAUAUCAUAAUGAAAAACGACAAAGAAAUGGUUGGAACUCUACAAGGAUUCGAUGAUUUUGUAAACAUGUUACUAGACGAUGUUACCGAAUACGAAUCGACACCAGAAGGACGAAAAAUAACUAAGUUGGAUCAAAUUCUAUUAAAUGGCAAUAACAUAGCGAUGUUAGUGCCCGGUGGUGAAAUGCCUGGAGAAUCAUACGAUGGAUAGUGAUUUUAUGUGAUGAUUUUCUAAAUAAAACAACAUUUAAACCUGCAA